AUGGAGGCUGCCGGGCCACCCCAGGCCGGGAGGUGCUUUCAGGAGGCCCUGGAGAAGCUGUUCCCUCGCCUCUGCUUCCUCUGCUCCCUGGUGACCUACGCGCUGCUGGGUGCUGCCCUCUUCUCGGCCAUCGAGGGCGGCCAGGACCUGGGGCCAAAUGACCCGGAGUUUGAGGAAUUCCUGGGGGAGCUCUGUGGCAUCUUGAAAUGCAACCGAACAGUUGAGGAAGGCAGGAAACAGGAUCUCAGGGUGCUGCUGCAGAAGGUGAAACCCCACUGGUUCAACACGUUUACAGACUGGUCCUUCCUGAGCUCACUCUUUUUCUGCUGCACAGUCAUCAGCACUGUGGGUUACGGCCACAUCUACCCUGUCACCAGGCUCGGCAAAUACUUGUGCAUGCUCUACGCCCUCUUUGGCAUCCCCCUGAUGUUCCUCGUCCUCACGGACACGGGUGACAUCCUGGCCACCCUCCUGUCCACGUCUUACAAUCGGUUCCAGAAACUCCCAUUCGUCCGGCCCCACCUUCCCGAGUGGUGCUCCCGCCUGCUCUGCGGAAGGCCUGCCACCAAGCCUGCUUCUGCCACCACGCCUGCGGCCGAAGCCGUCCCCAGGAUCGUCAUAGAAACCCAAGAGAUUCCGGACCCCAAACCCGGCACGUGUCCCUCAGCCCCAGGCAGCAACGUGGAUCUGUUCGAGAGACUUCUUGCGCGGGAGAAGCAGAACGCGCUGCAACCGCCCCCGCGGGCCGUCGAGAGGAGCAACUCGUGUCCAGAGCUGGCGUCAGGGAGGCUCUCCUACUCUGUCAUCAGCAACCUGGACGAGGUGGGACGGCAGGUGGAAAAGCUGGACGUCCCCCUCCUGGUCAUCGCCCUCCUCGUCUUCGCCUACAUUUCCUGUGCAGCCGCCAUCCUCCCCAUCUGGGAGAAGAAACUGGACUUCGAGAACGCCUUCUAUUUCUGCUUUGUCACGCUGACCACCAUUGGGUUUGGGGACACCGUUUUGGAACACCCUCACUUCUUCUUGUUCUUCUCCAUUUAUAUCAUCAUCGGGAUGGAGAUCGUGUGCAUUGCUUUUAAGUUGGUGCAAAACAGGCUGAUUCACGUCUAUAAAAAUCUCAUGCUGUUCUUGGCGAGAGGGGCAUUUUACCAUCCUGUUAAAAAGUGA